GUGAGAGUAAACUGUUACAUCUAGGGCUGGGUAAGGAGUUUACUCCUCCUUUAAGAGGCUGGGAGUCGGGGUUGGGGAUGGCCCCUGCUGAUUUCCCACCUCCGCCAAUGGCUGAGAUCACCAAUAGCGGGCUCAGGUUGCCAAUGCCUGUUGUGUUCCGCCCUUUGUGCUGAGUUAGUACCGUCCGGAAGGGGUGGUGUAGGUGCAAAAGCCUCUCUGUGUGUGCCUGGAUAGGCCGUGAAAAUGUGUUCCGAGUCGGAAUCGCUGGAGCAGAAGCUGCGGCUGGUACACAGCACCAUCAGAUCUUAUCCCGACUUCCCCACGGAGGGCAUCGUUUUUCGAGACAUCUUCCCUGUUUUGCAUGAUCCCAAAGCCUUCAGUGCAGUCAUUGACCUGUUUGAAGAUCACUUGAAAAAGACAUUUCCUGUGAUUGAUUUAUUUGUUGGGUUAGAUGCCCGUGGUUUCCUAUUUGCCCCAAUUCUGGCACAAAGGUUUGGAAUUGGUUUUGUGCCAGUUCGAAAGAAAGGGAAGCUGCCGGGGCCAACCUUGUCUGUGAGCUAUAGUUUAGAAUACGGAGAGGCUGAAGUCGAGUUGCAGCGUGAUGUUAUUCAAGCAAAUCAGAAAGUUGUCAUUGUCGAUGAUUUGCUUGCAACUGGAGGCAAUUAUACAACUGCUAUACAGGAAGUGCAGAGGUUCACCAAGUUACUCCUGGGAUAGGAGGACUGUUUUACGAAGAAACUGAAGAGCCUGGUUGGGUAUUCCCUACAGUUUCAAAGGAUGAGAGGUUAUCUUGCUGAAACAUGUAAACUUCUUGUAGGGCGUGACUAGAUGGGCAGCAGCAGGGUGUUUCACCUAGCUGGUGAUGCUCGAACUACAGGUCAUUAUCUUGGGAUGAGGGGCAGACCAUAGAAGGCUGAGAUGAGGAGGAACUUCUUCAUUCAGAAGUCAGUGAACCUAUGGAAGUUUCUCCCCAUGUGGAUUGCGGAAUCUCAGUCAUUAAGCAUGUUCAAGACAUAAAUUAUUAGAUUGCCGGAUAAUAACUUCAGAAAAGGACAUGGAGAUACUAUGGCAAAACAGCACUGAAGAAAUGAUCAGCCGUGAUCUAAUUAAAUGAUGGAGUAAGGCUGACAGGUUCAACAGCAUACUCAAGCCUGUGCACAAUUUUUAAACACAACAACCCCACUGUCCCACCCUGUACUGCCACACAAAAUGCAUAGGAAGAGAUUUUAGAUUGGACUGGAUUGUUGGCGUAUCAGUACCUUUGGUGUCAUCAUACUGCGAGCUUUAUCAAGGACCUCGUGAGCAGUUGUUAACUUUUCCAACUCAGGGGGUUGGGGCAGUUCAGCAGCAGCAAUGUCUGGAAUUUCAUCUAUAUUAAAACGUGGGUGCCAUCGUGCAAUCUUGUCAUCUGGUACAUGCAUUGGAGGGUUAAGAGAAGCCAGGAAAAUCUGGUGAAAAAUAAACAAUAUGAGUGACAUUGCAUCACGAUCAAACCAAAUUUCCCAGUCACAGCAGGAUUUAUGCACUUGUUCAUGUAUAUAAUCCAUUUUGCUCUCCACAGGCCUCACCCUAAAAACUAUUUUCUAACCAAGAAUGUUAACAAGAAUCUGCAAGCACUGUCAUGAUGUGUGCAAGAAAUGCAGAAGGUAGCAUUUUUCCUUUCUUCUCACCCACCAUAACUCAGUAGAUAUUUCCAAUUUAAGGCAAUGAUAAGUACCAUAUCGAUCAUGUAUAGUUCUGUAUACUCAUGUACAAUGUUUUGUGCCAGUAAACUAAUGCAGAAACUCCCAACUAUUUCAAAUUCAAAGACAGGAAAAAGCUAUAGGCUAUAUCCCACACAUAUCUAAUCAUACAAAUGGAGGGCACGGUGACUCAAUGGUUAGCACUGCUGGCUCACAGCUCCAGGGAUCCGGGUUCGAUUCCACCCUCUGGCAACUGUCUGUGUGGGUUUUCUCUAGGUGCUCUGGUUUCCCCUCACAGUGCAAAGACGUGCAGGCUAGGUGGAUUGGCCAUGUUAAAUUGCCCGUAGAAUGCAGGGCUGUGCAGCCUAAGUGGCUUAGCCAUAGAAAAGGCAGGGUUACAGGGAUAGGUUAAGAGGGUAGGUCUGUCUGGGAUGCCCUGCAGAGGGGCAGUGUGGACUUGAUGAGCCAAAUAGCCUGUUUCUUCACUGUAGGGAUUCCAUUCUAAAAUAUGCAUCAGAUAACAUGGUUGGGGGAAUCAUGAUUUGGGGCUAGUGGCUGAUGGUGGAAGAGUGCAAAUUAAAGUGUUAUCCACCAAUAAAGGAACUGCUUCGAGUACAUUCACUAGUUUUACUUUAAAUAUUAUAUUUUGUUUUUGAUUAUAAUUUUAAGUACAAAACAGCUGAAAUAAAAUAUUCAACAGGCUAAUUUUCACUCAGAGCCCCAAGGAUUUUCACCCCCUGUCCACUGUGGAAUUUCAAGAAAAAAAGACACGAUCUCACAGGAUUUAGGUGCUGCUGGCUAAACCAACAUUUAUCGCCUGCUUUAAUUGCCUUAGAGAUGCUAAUGGUGUGCUGUCUUCUUCAAUUGCUGCAGUCUAUAAAGUUUUGAGACAUCCUACCAAAGAGUUCCAAGAUUUUAAUCCUGCACAGUGCAGGUCAGCAAUAUAGUUGCAAGUCAAACAGUGUGUGGUUAGAGGGGAAUUUGCAGAUGGAGUUGUUGGAGCUCCAAGUAUCCAGGCAAGUACAGUAUUCCACCACACUUCUAACUGUGCCUUUAGAUCACGGACAGACUUUAGGCAGUCAAAAGGUAAAUUACCCACUACAGAAUUCCUAGGCUCUGACCUCUUGUGGGCUAUACAAGUUAUACGGUUGGUCCUGUUCAGUUUCUGGUCAAUAGUGACCCCCAACAUGUUGACAGUGGUGUAUUCGGCAAUGGUAACACCAUUGAACUGACAGGGAAAUGGUUAAUUCGCUCUUGUUGGUGACAGUCAUUGGUUAACACUAGGGUGGCAUGAAUAUUAAUUUUCACUUAACCCAAAAAUUAAUGCUGUCCACAUCUUUCAGCAUAUGGAUUUAAACUGCUUCAGUGUCCGACGAAGAGUCACAAUUCGUGCUGAAUAUUGAUCAAUGGAUAUUCCCACAUCUGACCUUACGAAGUGAAGGCGAACCGGCUGAAUAUAUCUGGAACUAGGGAACAGCCCCAAGGAACUCUACAAUGUCGUCUCAGGGACUGCGGUGGUUGACCUCCAAAAACCAAAACUGUCUGUCUUGACGUCUUUUUGUCCAUCAAAUUUGGUUUUACUAGGGUCUAGUGAUGUUACACUUCAUCAGAUGGUUCUGUGAUUCCAAGUGCAGUCAGUCUCACUUUACCUUCAAUGAAACACUGUCACCUAUAGUAAUGUUAGUGCUAAACAUGUCCCUUUUUUUCCUUUUUGCAAACACACACUGUCUUCGGUCCGAAUAUAUCUGCAAAGCUGGUGGAUCGUUUUAAAGACUAAAAGCAAAAUCUAGCUUAUCCUAUACUCAAAAUAUAGGAUAACUGAUCAAAAUUGAUCAAACAGCCAGCAAAAGCCACAUCUACUAUUGUUGCUGAUGACGACAGAGUGAACUGAAUGAACUGAACCACAGGAUUUUUUUGCUAACUUAGUGACAUGGCUGUCUGUUUAAUUAAGCUACAUUGUUGCAUUGAACACUUAGCUGUGGAGUCAAGACAAAAUGUCCUGUUGGACCACUCGCUUACCUUAUGGUAUUGUUUCACAAUGCUCACAAGAUUUUGGCUGAAGGUGCGACGUCGCGAGAGCAGGUGAGAUGCUGUUAGUUGUGUAUGGCCAUCAGAAUUCUCCUCUUGGGAUAAUGAAAGAAGGAAAAUAAUUUUUUUGAAGUCUUUAAAUACUAUCCUUCAGGUUCCCUUGUCCACUAAAAGUAGUAACUAAGUUGAUAUUCUAUCCCAUGGUUACCUCUGUAAUGAGUGACAGCCUGAGUGACAGUAAACAACAGCUAGAAAGGAAGUAUGAUACAAUUGAGCCCAGUUUUAUCAUUUGCAACUAUCUAUUUUUCAGCAAGAGUUACUUUGAGCCAGCCCCCCAGCCUCAAUGUACUGAGAUCAGCUAUCACAUCCCAGCUGUCACCCAAGCAGAGAGUAUCAUACUCCAAAAGGGGAAUUGACUCUGGAAUAUUCCAACCAAUGUAGCCCAGUUACAAGCCACCAUUGCCCAGCUAAGAACGAGAAAAGUCAACAAAAUAAAAGUUAACUUUGACUAAAGAGUCAAAGAAGUGCCUGGACAGUUAAUUACAUAGUUUGCACAAAGCUCUUGCUCAUUUGCCACUCCUUUGACUCACAAUGGAGCAGAACUAAACAAGUGCUAGGAGGUAAUGAAUAUUAGUGUCCCUGCUCUAGCUGGCAUUAUAGUUUAAGUCUAUUAGAACUUAUGCAGUUGUUGUCCACAGUCAAAUUUAUUUCUUACACCUUGGAUAAGGCUAUAAAGCAAUGGAAGUCAUUCAGAAAACGAACUUUAACAGCAGGCAUAGCAAAAGAUUGCAAACAUAGUCCAAAUCUGCAACACAAUUCAUGUCAUUUACCUCCUUCAAACACAGGAUCAAUAGUGAGUUGGUAACUGGACCUUUUCAGAGAGUCACUCCAUGUUGGGAUUCCCUUUUCCUGUCUGAACUUGUACGCAGAAGGGUAAACAGUCUUUAUCUGCCCAACAUUUCGUUUCUCAAAUUUCCUACAAAGACAUUAGAAGGUAACUGUUCAAGCAAGCUAACAAACAAAAGUACUAGCAAGGACUUCUACAAUAAAUUUUGCUGGUUUUGUAGGCAUUUUGUUUACAACUCGCAGUUCACAUAUUCACCUCUAAAACUGCCAUUCCAGCAAGAUGAUUAUAUCAAAAACACAAAUAUGCUCCCCAGGUCCACUAAAUUUUUCAAUAUCUCCUUCAAUUAAUUUUAUGUAUUUCACAAACUGUCUAAAAUGACAUCACUGGAAAACAAAAAAGUGUGUCCUGAGGAAAACACCUAAUUCCAAUGUUCAUAAUUGGGAAAGUGAUAAGAAUUGUGACAAAAAGAGGACAAUUUACACAAAAUUAACAAUCAAUCAGUCUUUUGUCUGCAUAAAAAAGUCAUGCUUCAAAUUUACUCUGUAACAAGUAUUUGGAGGGGUAAUAGGUUAUUACAUAAAACAAAAGUUUUCAGGAGAACUCUGGUGGAAAAUGUUCUUUCAUCCUUAAUUUGCAGAGCCAGAUUUAGACAUUGUUCAGCUGAAGGUAGGUACAAUUCACCAAUGUAAUAUUAUUUGUCACAUUCCAUUGAAUGUCCAUCAGUAUAAUCCAUGACCAGAUACAAGGUGUGAGAUUUAUAUAUUUUAUCAUUUGUUUUUGAGUUUGCAGUAGUGGCAUAUGGGUUUUCUGUCUCUCUAAACGGAUUUAAAGAUUAACUUCCAAGUCAUUCUGUAGCCAUGGCAAUUUUAUUUUCAAACACAAUGCAAGAAAGACUUCUUAGGGAACAGUGGGUUUUUGUUUACAUUAAGAGAGUUUACAAUCAAAGAAAACAGUACACUGCAUUAUGUUUUCAGAUGGAAAAUGCUGACAUUUUUUGGGGGGAAGCUGAGGGGGACAAUCAAAGCUUGGAAAAAAAUGUUUUCUUUUAGUUUCUUUUUUCUCAGAUCUGCAAGAUACUUACCAGAAGUUGGCUGUGUAAAGCAGCUGCACCUCAGAAAAGGAAAGGAUCAUUUAAGUUGUUAAAAAUAGGUUAUCUCAGUGUAAUAAAAAUAACUAUGGAUGCUGAAAAUCUGAAACAAACACAAAAUGCUGGAUAAACUCAGGCGAUCUGGCAGCAUCUUUAGAUAGAAAAAAGUUUUGACAGAGGGUCACUGGACUCAAAACUUUACCAUUUUCUCACUACAGAUGCUGCCAGACCAACUGAGUUGCUUUAGCAGUCUGUUUUUGUUACCUCAGUAUAAGCUUAGUUUAAAAGCUCCAGACCAGAACAGUUUGGUUAAAACCCUGAAGGAAUGAUUUGAAACUGAGAAAGUUUAAGUUUGAUGAAGGGUCUAGGCCCGAAACGUCAGCUUUUGUGCUCCUGAGAUGCUGCUUGGUCUGCUGUGUUCAUCCAGCCUCACACUUUGUUAUCUCGGAUUCUCCAGCAUCUGCAGUUCCCAUUAUCUCUGAUACAAGUUUAAGUUUAGUUGUAUCAGGGCCCCAGGAAAAAGCAACUGCAUAUUCUCAGCCAGGAACUGAAGCCAAACCCAUUUGGGAUAGAGAAAAGGAUUUUCUCUGGUGUUUGUAUACUGUAAUGGGAUACUGCUUGUUUUAAUGGGGUUAUAUUUUUUACUGCAUGUUUUAAAAUUUUUAAACAUGUGUUGUGUAAAUGGAAACAAAAACAAAAAUUGCUGGAAAAAAAUCUCAGCUGAUCUGGCAGCAUCUAUGGAUAGAAAUCAGUUAAAGUUUCAGGUCCGGUGACCCUUCUUCAGAAUGGGAGCUCCAGUUCUGAAGAAAGGUCACUGGACUCGAAACGUUAACUCUCGAUUUCUUUCCACAGAUGCUGCUAGACCUGCUGAGCUUUCUUAGCAAUAUCAAUUUUGUUUCUGAUUUCUAGCACCUGCAGUUCUU